CAGUUGCAGGGUACCGACAGUAUUAUUGAGACAGCGGGUAUCUUGUAUGAUUGUGAUUUAUGUUUGAAAAAACAUUCUAAUUUCUUCCGUAGUCACGGACACCUUCUUUUGGAAGUGUCUCAAAUCGACACUCAGGGUUGGAGUUCAUGGAAACUUGCAACAGCUAUCAGGAUUGUAUGCUGCCCCUAUGUUACAACAACUGAAUAUGAAGAGAUGUUUACAAUGGAGGUACUGACAAAGUUGUUGGAUGAUUCUCCUGAAUACGAUGGCAAGAUCUUGAAGCGGACCUGCCUGAAAAUCUAUGGAGAAAUGAUCCGUGGCCACAAUAUGAAGGCUGAUGCACUAGAACAUAUGAAGUUAUUGGUCAGGGAAGCUAAAGAAGCUUAUGAAGCUGAACAAGCUAAAAAGGCAUAUGAAGCUGAACAAGCUACAAAGGCACAUGAAGCUGAUCAAGGGGAAAAGCCUGUGCAUCCACAUAAGUCGACUGAGAGAAGAGUACCAGAUACUGAAGCUGCCAUCCAAGAGAUCAAGGAAGAAGUUGUCAACGGGGUGCCUGGGAAUCCACAUAAGUCACCCGAGGGAGGAUUAUUGGGUACUGAAGCUCCCAUCCAGGAGGACAAGAACGUUGUCAAUGGUCCCCCUGGGAAUCCACAUAAGUUGCGCAAGGGAGGAGUACUGGAUACUGGAGCUGUCGUCCAGGAGAUCAAGAAAGAAGUGCUCAGUGGCCCCCCUUUGGAUCCACAUAAGUUGCCUGAGGGAAGAGGACUGGAUACUGAAGCUGUCAUCCAGGAGAUCAAGAAAGAAGUGAUCAAUGGGGCCCCUGGGGAUGCUCAUAAGUUGCCUGCGGGAGGAGUCCUGGGUACUGAAGCUUGCAUUCGAGGGUCAGUUGCACACCUCGGAGCCCACGCAAGUCUACCAAGGGCAGCUUAGUGGGUUCUGAAGCUGCCAUCGAUUGGCUCAAGAAAGAAGUCUGAAGUCGUUUUCGCAGGACAUACACCUUGAGUGCAAGUUUCCUGUUAUUGUCAUUACUGUUAAGAUAUCGAUAUAUUUAGCUGUGAUGUGUGCCAGACCCGUUACCAUUUAGUGUAGAGUUUAUCCUGUGGUGUUAUCUGGCUCCUUAUCUUUUCUAUGUCCAUUGUAAAUCGCAGAUGAUUUAUUUAUGUGCCAUGUUUGGAGUCGCUUUAGAGCA